CACCCUUCCUGUCUGGGAGCUUUCAGUCACACCUCCACUUAACCACUUUACCUCUGCACAAACCGUUGCAGCUGAAAGGCAUCUUUGACUUUGAUUGUGGAUUUACGACAAGAAGUGACCAGCAGAUUGUUGUUGCAACUGAGGGGACUAAAAUCUUUUUGACGUUUUGCUGAUGACUGAGCCAUGACUUUGCAAAGGAUUCCAAAAAUUGCAUUGGUCGUGUGAUAUCUCCCAACAAGUCCAGACAUUGUCCUGAAUAACAUACAUCUGUGCCAUCAAAAUGCAGAAGCAAGUCGAGGUCAGGAUGAGCGAGAGCCACAUAGACCCAAUCGUGGAGACUCCCGAGAAUCCAUGCAGCAAUAUCUGUGAAAAGAUAAUGAAGAACAUGGUUCUCACUCUCACAAUCCUGGGUGUGUUUCUUGGUUCCAUUGCUGGAAUGCUUCUACGGCACAUAUCACCCCUCCCUCCUGACGUUAUAAUGAUCAUUGCCUUCCCUGGGGAGAUCUUAAUGAGGAUGCUAAAAAUGCUUAUUUUGCCUCUUGUUGUUUCCAGUUUGGUCACAGGACUUGCGGGUUUGGAUGCCAAAUCCAGUGGUCGUUUAGGCACCAGAGCGAUGGUGUACUACAUGUCAACAACAGUAAUUGCAGCCAUCCUUGGAGUAAUCUUGGUGUUGGUCAUCCAUCCAGGGAAUCCCAAACUAAGAGCUAAUCUAGGACAGGGGAAAAAGAACGAUGAAGUAUCCAGCGUUGAUGCUUUCUUCGAUCUCGUUCGAAAUCUUUUCCCAGAGAAUCUGGUCCAGGCCUGUUUCCAGCAGAUCCAGACAGUAACCACCAAAGUACCAGUGCCAACCAACAGGACGAGAGCACCUCCACAGUUCACAGUUAAGAGGUCACUUCAGUUCAAGAGUGGGAUGAAUGUCCUCGGGCUGAUUGGAUUCUUUGUGGCUUUUGGAGUUAUAAUGGGGAAAAUGGGAGAGAAGGCCAAGCUGAUGUUGGAGUUUUUCAACGUUCUGAAUGAAAUCGUUAUGAAGCUUGUGAGCGCAAUUAUGUGGUAUUCUCCUGUUGGUAUCGCCUGCCUUAUCUGCGGAAAAAUAAUCUCCAUUGCUGACUUGGAGAUGGUUGCGAGGCAGCUUGGGAUGUACAUGGUGACUGUGAUAGUGGGCCUAAUCAUCCAUGGAGGCAUUUUCCUUCCGCUAAUAUAUUUUGUGAUAGUAAAACAGAAUCCCUUCACCUUCUUUAUGGGAAUAUUUCAAGCCUGGGUCACAGCACUCGGAACGGCAUCUAGUGCUGGUACCUUGCCUGUCACAUUCCGAUGCUUAGAGGAAAACCUGGGUAUCGACAAGAGGGUCACACGCUUUGUCCUCCCCGUGGGGGCCACCAUUAACAUGGACGGUACGGCGCUCUACGAGGCAGUGGCGGCCAUCUUUAUCGCUCAAAUGAAUGGGAUUGAGCUGGACUGGGGCCAGAUAGUCACUGUGAGCAUGACAGCCACCUUGGCCAGUGUUGGAGCUGCCAGUAUUCCCAGUGCAGGACUUGUGACCAUGCUUCUGAUUCUCACAGCAGUGGGGCUCCCCACUCAGGACAUAAGCCUCCUGGUCGCUGUUGAUUGGCUGCUCGAUCGUUUCCGCACCUCUGUUAAUGUGGUUGGAGACUCCUACGGUGCCGGAAUCGUUUACUACCUUUCCAAAGACGAACUAGACAUGUAUGAUGCCCAGCAGACCCGGAUGGAUGACUUUGAGAUGGCAAAGACACAGUCAUUUUUUGAAAACAACACCAACCAGAAUAUGUAUGCUCACCACAACUCAAUCCUGAUAGACGACUGCAAGGUCAAAAUCGGCAAAAAUGGCAACACUCCAGAGUUCUCUAUUGUUGAGGAGGAUCCGUGGAAUUUCAAGUAAUGCAGAUUCAGCACUUUAGCCUGAAUUUGUCCAGCUGUAACUUUCUGAGGACACUAAUUUAAUGAAAAUAAACAAACAAAUAAAAAAAGCAUAUAUAUUUUGUGCAAGGACACAGAGAGUGCAUUGAGAUGACACAGAAUGGAAACUUUUCUGCAAGAACUAACUGCUGUCAAGUCAACGAAGAGUUCCCUUUCUUUCCUGGGUAACCUCUGGAGGACGCUGUGCUUUUGCAUCUUAAAUCUGAUCUUACAUCUGGAAGUUUAUGCAUGCACAUAAACUGGAAUGAACUUUUCUGCUUCAAGCAAUUCUUUGGAUGAGUCAAAUAGUUGGCUGACGACACUCAGGACCUUACUCAGGGUUGCUGCAUUCUUCCUUUCUUGUCAAGACAACUGAUUUCUUUAUUAUUGUGUUUAAGCAUUUGCUCCAUGGCCUAAGGGACAAAGACAUGAACAUAUUGGAGAAAUUGCCUUGGCAGUCAAGAUUGUAAGAAAGAAUCAGAAUGGAGUAAGAAAUUUGUUGGUGAAAUGCAAGCUUCGUCAUUAAAUAUUUGACAUUCACAAAUGUGUAACUUUCAUUGCUGUUUGAUUUAUCCAAAGGUUAAAAAGAACAUAACCAAAGUGAAGCCCUGCUUCUGCUGGCAUUAACUUAAAGUACUGGACUGUUAAGCAUUGCAUUACCUCUGACUGUUUGAUUUAUGGGAUUAUACCUUCAGACACGUGGUCAAGCCUAAGAAGUGAAGCUUAAGACUUAAGACAGGGAGUGGCUUCUAAAAGCGGCAACAAACAGAACACAAUGUGUUGCAGAGAGGAAAUCGGUUACUGUGUUUAUUUAUUCAUUUAUUUAUUUAUUUAUUUAUUUAUUUCUACUUUAUGUGUCUGUUCUUACGUAUGAACCAAUGAGUGUCUGUUUGCCUGUGACCUGGGAAGGAUGUUUGAUUAUUUCCGUGCAUUUUGGGGCUGAAAAGAACAAAGAUUAAAAGGGAAAGAAAGCUAGUGGUUCAACAAGAGGAAACACAGAAAAAAGGAUUUUCUCUGAAAAUCUAAGUAGGACAUAGUUUUGUGUGUUUCAUUACAAACUGUUCUUUUUUCUGUGCUAUAUAACAACCUUGCCUUGAAGAUGUCACAUUCAGAGUGUGAUCACUUUGACUAAAAUAUUUCUGGACUGACGUUGCUAAGCUUUUUAGUGGACUUAAGUUCACUGGAUACAUUUGCAGAGA